ACGUCAGCAUAGGAAGUCAUUGUGGAGCAACACCGGAGCGAUUAGCGGCAAAAAGGGGGAGCCUGAUGUCGAGGAGUCAGCCCAGUGUAUAUCUCUCCAUGCACCUCAACUUUUAACACAAAGUUCAAUAUCCAAACAGAAAAAAGGGACGAGGAGUAGCAGAGCCGCACUUUGUUUUACUGAAUGUAACACUGGACCAUACAGACUGUGAGAGCCGCGCAGACGUGGAUUUUCUUUUUUUGUUUCCUCUCCUGGGCUUCUCAACUCUUUCCUUCUUCCUUUAAAAAAAAAAAAUUCUCCCCACUCAAGAGUUUAUGUGCGCGACUUUCUUGUGGUUUUCAUUUUUUUUUUGCACACCGCGGAAGAAGCAGCUCGCUGUUGUUAUGAAGGCUUCAUCCGUCCUUUCUUAAUAUGGAAGGAUCCAGCGGAGCGAGUUUUGGGAUAGACACUAUUUUAUCCGGCGCCUCCAACUCUGGCAACCUCAUGAACGGAGACUUCCGGCUCGCCGACGGCCGGACAGCGGAUUUCAGGGGCCAGGCCACCCCUUCACCAUGCUCGGAGAUAGACACGGUGGGCACGGCGCCCUCGUCCCCCAUCUCGGUCACCAUGGAGCACGGCGGAGAGGCGCAUCUAGUCCCGGACAGCCUUCAGCAUCAGCACCACCACCAUCAGCAGCACCACCACGGCCAGCAGCAGAGCUUGCCGCUGUCUCCUCAGCAGCAGCUGCAGCAGCAGCAGCAGCAGCAGGUCGGCGGGGCCGGCUGCGCCCCCAGGACUGCCACCUCUUCCUUUUUAAUCAAAGACAUUCUGGGCGACAGCAAACCGCUGGCGGCCUGCGCACCUUACAGCACCAGCGUCUCCUCGCCACACCACACGCCCAAACCGGAAAGUGCCGCGGGACCGGACGUGUUCAGACCCAAGCUGGAGCAGGACGAAAACAGGAGCAAGUUGGACAAAAGGGACGAUAUUCAAAGCGAAAUGAAAUGCAACGGCACUAAAGAAGAAGGCGACCGGGAAAUCUCCAGCAGCAGAGACAGUCCGCCGGUGCGCACGAAAAAACCCCGCAAAGCCCGCACAGCCUUCACGGAUCACCAGCUCAACCAGCUGGAGAGGAGCUUCGAGCGUCAGAAAUACCUCAGCGUGCAGGACCGCAUGGACCUGGCGGCGGCUCUCAACCUGACGGACACGCAAGUCAAGACCUGGUACCAAAACAGACGGACGAAGUGGAAGAGGCAGACGGCGGUCGGCCUGGAGCUCCUGGCUGAAGCAGGAAACUACUCGGCCUUACAGAGAAUGUUCCCCUCGCCCUACUUCUACCACCCCAGCCUGCUGGGUACCGUGGACAGCACCACGGCGGCCGCGGCGGCCGCCGCCAUGUACAGCAGCAUGUACCGGACUCCCUCCGCGCCGCACCCCAGCCUGCAGAGACCUCUGGUCCCGCGGGUGCUCAUUCACGGCCUCGGGCCGGGGGGACAACCGGCGCUCAACCCCUUGCCCGGCACGCCGCAUCCGCGGUAGAA